AUAGUAGUAUAAAUAGUCAUGCCUAGCUAUUUUUCAUUCUCAUUCAGUUACAACAAACUGUACGAUUACCAAAAGUUUAAUACCAAUUGCCUCUCUGUUUUUCUCUCUGUUUUUUCUUCGUCUUCCUCCUCUAGCUUAGGGUUUCGUUCACCAUUGUUGCUUCAAUUUCAAGCUUUUUCACUAUGACUAUGAGUUUUAACAUGGUAUCAAAGCUUUGGCGGCCUGACCAUAGCUCAUCCUACAAUUCUUCCGCUGCAAUCAUGGUGGCCUAACCUGUGCUCAUCUCGUUUCUUUCCACCGCAAUCUUCCUCUUUGUUUAAUCACCAACAGAAAUUCCCAAAUUAACAGAUCAAGAACCCUAGAAAUUGCAUCUUCUUCAUCAUUUCUGUAUAAUUACCAGUCAAAUACCAAAGAUUUGUACAAUUACCAACUGAAAUCAACAAGAAAAUCGAGUCUGUACAAUUACCAGCAAGAAAUUCAAGCAAUUGCUUCUCAAGAUCCAGUCUUUUAGCUCAUACAGUAGUCACAAGCUUAGUAGCUGUUCAUCUUCAAAGUUUCAGAAAAAAAUAGUUCAUCUUUAAGAUCCAGAUAUUUGUGCAUCUUCAAGAUUUGAUAUGGCAACCUCAGGUCAACAUUGCAAUACAGUCUCUGUUCAUCUUGAUGAUACAAAUUACCCCACUUGGCAUUUUUUGAUGCAGCACUACCUUCGUGGUCAUGGAUUGCUCAAGUUUGUAGAUGGUUCUUAUCCAUGCCCUCCACAAUGUCAGAAGGCCGAUUAUGAUUCUCCCUCUGUUAAUAACACUGGAGCUUGUGAAAAAUGGCUGCAACAAGAUAGUUUUGUUAUCUCUAUGAUUACCAAUACUCUCUCAGCUGAGGCUCUUACAUUGGUAAUUGGCUGUGAAACUUCAAUGGAGGUAUGGAUCACUCUCAAACGACAUUAUGCAGCAAAUUCUGAAUUUCACAUUAUGCGAUUAAAGUCUGCUUUGCAAAAUAUCAGAAAAGGUGCAGAUUCGAUAGACAAGUAUUUGUUGCGCUUCAAAACUGUUAGAGAUCAUUUAGCUGUUGUUGGUAUUAGAAUAUCAGAUCAAGAGGUUAAAAGUUUGAUUCUUGCUGGUCUCCCUUGUGAGUAUGGUCACACUAGACAAAUUAUAAGAGAAAAAAAUCCUAUAAGCAUGGAGGAAUUAAGGUCCUUACUUCUUUCUGCUGAAUUUGAACUUGAAUUGAAGCAUAAAACUCAUCCAGUGACACCCUUAACUACAGUGGUUGCAAAUAAUAGCUCUAUGUCAUUCCCUGACUCUCAUUUUAGUUCAUUUGUUAUACCCUCUACUACUGUGCCCCAACGUGGCAAAAAUCAUAUUGAUUAUAAUAACACUUCUACAUGUCAUGUACCUGUUGUGGCCAAGUCCAGUAUCAGUGCUCUUACUAGUACUCAUACAAGUCCAGUUACUCAAAUUGCUUGUACACCACAGUCGGCUAUUUUGUCAAAUAAUGUCAACAUUGCUACUGCAUACAUGAGUAAUACUAUGGCAUCGAAUGGGAACUUUGGUAUGCAAUCUAUGCCAAAUAACGGAUGCAUGAUAGAUUUUGUUUCUACACCUAGUGGUCUCCUGAUUCCCAACUCUGGCUCAAAUUUUGUUACUCCAUACACAUCUACUGGUGCAACACAACAGCUUGGUGACUUUCAUCAUUCCCAUGCAACUUAUGCACAGCCACAAGUCAAUUCUAAUGGAAGAAUCCAGUAUAAUUGGGGAUUUUCUCAACCCAACAGUAACUUCAUUCUACAAAGUGGUAGGCUUCAGCAAAGCAAUGGAUUUCAAUCUGGUAUGGGUACUUCUAAUGGUUAUCAAGCUUCAUUUAAUACUAAUGCAAUGAUGAAUGGUGGAAAUUGCUUUCCUCGUACUGGUUUGGUUAGGAAUAGCGUUGUAUCUCCUUCAUUAGCUCAAUACAAUGGUGUGAUGAAGAUGGAUAACUCAGUUUUGGAGGAAGCUGGCAAUGGUCAGGAUAUAAAGGAGAAUACCUUGAGUACAGAGAAUCAGGUUGAUGAGACUCUGGAUGUGGUAGAUACUUCUGUUGUUGUUACCUUGAAGCCUGAAGAUGACGAGGGUGUGGACUUGCAAGAGAGAAAUAUGGAUCCAGAGGAUACUGAAUGUGAGAGUACCAACUCAAAAGAUGCUAUGUCUAUCACUGAAGCAAGGCAAGUGGUUAAUAAAAGUUCUGCAAAUGAGGACACGAAGAAGAUUCAGGUUGGUGCAUCACCUAAAGCGUUGUCUGCUUCCAUCUGCACUCAACCAAAGCCACCCUCCACUGCUACUGAGCCAAAUAACAACUCUUUUCAAUCACAAGUUGUCAAGCCUCUAACAAUUACAUCUGCAUACCCAUUAUCAGUUCCUCCUCACCCUCAUUUGCAGCAAGCUCCACUCAAGAAAAUUGAAGUUUUGCGAACACCAGGAACUUGGCUACUUCCUUCCACUCCGGACAGAAAUCUAAUGCAUUGCAGGCAUGCUUGUGAGUCUACGAGUUUAUGGCAAUCACUUCCUCUCAUUCCUCCUGGCUGAAAACACAUUCUCUGAUGUUCAACCAUUCUCUGCUGCAACCUAGUGCUUGGGGAUCCCAGCACUAGUUUGAGGGGGGAUGUUAAGAGUAUAGGACAAAGUCAAGUUGAAAAUGGACUGCAUCAUGAUGAACACAUGUCGUGAUCUGCUGCAGUUUGUUACACCAGUAAUAGAAAUAGUAGUAUAAAUAGUCAUGCCUAGCUAUUUUUCAUUCUCAUUCAGUUACAACAAACUGUACGAUUACCAAAAGUUUAAUACCAAUUGCCUCUCUGUUUUUCUCUC